UUUUUUAGAUUUAAAUUAAACGCUGAAAGAACACGAAAACUUAUAAUGACUAAACCCUUUUCGGGAGAACAACGUUUAAUUGAAAGUUUUAAUUUUUUGGAACAAAAUGGGGGUGAUUUGAAGGAAUUACUGCCCGAGUCCCGCAAUUUAAGCACAACUGAAUUAUAUAAUUUGGAUAUUGUAUUUGUUGUUGUUAUAACUUUGUUUAUACUGCUUUUAACAAUGAUUAUAGCUUAUCAAAUGUGUUGGAAGUUAUUGAAAGAUUAUUAUAAAAAAGAGAUUAAAAAGAAAAAUGAUAAGAAAAUUAAAUAA